AUGCAUUUGGUGUCGCGCAAUCGAUACCCGAGCAUGCACAUGAUGCCUACCGAGACUGCCGUCGAAUAUCUGACCAGCGCCCCUCGGGUCUGCCAAACGCAACCGAUGCACUGGACCUUUCUUGACGGUCCUCCAGAUGGAACAGUCAUGCUCACUUGGCAGCCAUUAAAUCACCUUGGGAACAACUUUGCUAGCGAUGGAUACUUCUGGGCAGACCAGGAACAGGUCUUUACCUUCGAGGCCCGCGGAUAUUCCGUCGAGAUGUACCUCCACCGCAGUGGAUUCCACCCUCCGAAUGAGCCCGUUGCAACUCAUUGCCGCAAGCGCUACCGCAUCACAUCUUGCAAGAUCCCCAAUGCCCCCCCACCGGACCCUUCACUUUGGAUCGUCCACUACUCGCGCGCAUCUCCCCAAGACCAUGCUCCCGCAAACCGCAUUCCCAUCAGCCCACAGGUCCAAGGCGUAAUGAGCCAGCGGCGCUUCCUGCAGAGUCAAGGACAACUGGCUCGCAAGGACUUCCUGCUUCACGACCGAAACAACUGGCCAGUCAUCAACUUCCCCCAGAUGGCGCCACAAAACUUUGGUCAGCCUGGUGCUUAUCCAAAUGCCCAGCCCCGUGGACCUGGAUUCUACCCCCCUCAGGGCCACCCUGGUGCGGUGCCACCCAACGUGGCUGCAGCGAAGGGCCCACGCGGACAUCGCGCGCCAUCGUCGGCUCUCGCUUCAGCAACUGCGGACUUCGCCACCGAAGACGAGGAUGUGUCAAGUGGUGACACAAUGGACUUGCUGACACCCCGCGAUGUUAGCAAGAUGCGUUACCAGCAACAUCACGAGUGGAUGGAGGAGAUUUUCGCAUCGCCGUAUAGCAUCUCACAAAUUACGCCAGUCUCUCUAGGUCUGGGCCGUAAGGGAGAGCUGGAGUCUUUGACCGCAGGCUUCUUUGACGCUCCUGUCGGAACAUCGGGCGGAGAAGGUCAGGAGGCAGGCGAUGCUCCCAACGCCACCAAGAUGGAACCCGCCAAGGCGGAAGAGUUCGCAGAGCGCGUGUCAAAAAAGGUUGCAGACAUGACCGCCGAGAUCGAAAACCUGAAGAAGCAGCAUGCCCGUCGCAUGCAGCGGUUCAACCGCACUUCCUUGCUGAAAGAGUCUGAGCUGCGUCUUCGGGAGGCUGCCGCUGACCCCACUGAUAAGGGCCCGGAGAUCUGGAGACUGGAGGGUCGGAUUGUCAUUCCCACAGAGGAAGAGGCUCCGCAACUGGAUUUCAUCGAAGACAAGGCCAAGUACCGAGUCGACGAAAUUGUCCGGGAAGUGGAAGGUGCCUGGAAGAAGCAGAUCGUGGCCGAGCCCAAGGUUUCUUGCGUCGAAAAGGGUGGCCUGCUGGAGAAAAUCGAACCCGAGCACAAACCCGAACCUGACUCGUUCACUAAUGAUAUGGUGAUGGACCACGAUGACUCUCACCUUCUUAACCAGUUCGGCAGCCCGGGUGUUGGUGGUGGCCUGCCCUCAGGCGUAUCUGUCAACGGACAACCCAUCCCUGGCGCCGAUCUGGCGGCCGAUGUGGAAAUGGAUAUGGGUGAUCAGCUCCACGGCGGCCCCAAUGGCCAAUCUAGCGAUUGGGGCAUGGUCAACACCGACAGUAAGGAUCAUGCCGUGGGUAGUGACUUUGACUUCACCAAUAUCGACAGUGCGGGAGAUGCUCUCGCGGCUUAUAGCGAGCAACACGAUGGACUUGAUCUGCCGGACCUGGAUAAUUCAGCAUUCGGCGAUGCCUUCCAUGCAUCCGACAAUGAACACUCGCACCACCCCGACGCCGAUGACAUUUCCUAG